UUUUUACAGAGACUAUCACGUACUUUGUGAGAUUUGGUGAUUGUUUUACUUUCGUUCGUUACAAGUUUCGGUUCACAUUAAUAAAUGUUUCUUUCCUUUAUUCCACAUUUCUAUGAUCUUACGCCCAAGCACAUAAAGAGCACCUCUCAAAAAAGGCAAUUUGCUCAACCUUUUUGCUGCUUCUGCUGCUUCUGCUGUGUUUACUCUAUUGUUAACACCUUGUCUAGAAAGACGAUGGCCAGAUCAAGCUUUAAAUACAGAAUACAGGAUCCAUCCGCGGAAACCGUUAGGAGCCAGCGGGCUCUGGAGAAAAAACCAGGGCUGUUUUGAGUGAUUGCACUGUAAUUUGCGCUGAAAUUUGGGCGAUGGAACUGGCGUUUGAAGUCACACGGAGAUAAUCUGCUGGGUGUGUUGUUUUUGACAAGACGAUAGAUAAAUACAAAUCAAA